AUGAUACUCAACCUUGGUAAAUGUGCUUUUGGGGUUUUCUUGGGUUUCAUGGUGUCCCAACGAGGCAUCGAGGCAAACCCUGAGAAGAUCAGGGCCAUUAUCGGCAUGCAGCCACCUCGAAACUCCAAGGAGUUGCAGCGCCUCACAAGAUGCCAUGCUGCACUCAAUAGAUUCAUCUCCCAGUCAAUCAACAGGAGUCUCUUGUUCUUUAAGAUAUUGCGAAAACCCUUUGAAUGGAAUGAAGAAUGUGAAGCAGCAUUCCAAGAAUCAGAGGGGUACUUGAUGAACACCCCACUCCUCAAUAAAGUUGAACUGGGCGAACCGCUCUAUGUUUAUCGGGCAUCCACAACCACAAUUCUAAGCUCCGUUCUCAUCAGGAAAGAUCAAAAGGUACAGAAACCAAUAUACUACACCAGUCGGGUGCUGUAG